AUGAUGAACAUUCCGUCAAUGCAACAGCAAGGUGGUAUGGCGAUGGGCCAAAUGCCGCAACCAACAAACCCCCAGAUGGCCCCGAAUCCUCAGCAAGCUCAACAAGUCCAGCAGCAGGUCCAGCAACAAACCCAAGAAAAACUCGAUAAUAUUUCAAAAGUAAAGUCUCUUAUUGGUCCACUCCGAGAAUCUCUUGUAAUAGCACUGAAAACUGCGGCUCAAACCUUGACUCAGAAUAGCCUAGUGGACGUCGGUUCAUCAAAAAGUCCGGAUUCUGAUCACCGUUUUAAUAAAAAUAUGGAAGAAUUUUAUUCCAUUUGCGAUCAAAUAGAGCUACACUUGAAAACAUCCAUCGAAUGUUUAUCGCAAAAUGCCAGCUCCGUUCGGUAUUUUCCAAUGCCAGUAAUACCGACUCGCACCGAGGCUAUUCCAGCACAAGAAGGACCAGCUUUAUCAUACCCACAGUUCUUGAUCACUGUAAAAGCUCAGGUUUCAUUUUUACGUGAAAUUCAUGAUGCACUUGUCGCUGCAUCGAAUUCUUUAAAUAGUAAUGAAUAA